AUGUUCAAUGACUCUUAAUCUAACGACAAACCACCAAGAAUAUUUUACUUCUAAGGAGCUGAGUUCUACUUUAACACGUUGACUGGAAACCUCAAGCAGUAUAUGAAUUACAGAUGCAGAGAUUACAACUGCAACGGCUCUUUAAAAUUUCAUAUCUCAAAGGAUAUUAACCUGAACCCCAAGAUACUAAGAACACAUACUGCUUCUUGCAAAGAACUCAAAAAAUAAAUGCCGAAGAAUAGCAUUAGUGAGUAAUUAAAUUAUCAUUAAAAAGUACAUGAAGAAGUCCUGAUGAGCUCGACUAGCUUAGAAAAUGAACUAUCUAUAUACGAAAGAUUACUACAAUAGGCUAAAAGUAAAAGUCUAACACAAGUCAAAAAGUAUAAAUAAUAAAAGAAUCAUGAGCAAGAAUUUAAAGUCAUAAAGGAGUAGCAAGGAUCUAAUCAUAGAGAGGAAAAUCCUCAAGAUAAAGUAAGAGUUUGCAAAUAUUACAAAUUCCAAGCCAAACUCUCUUUCUAUUUUCUAAAUGAUUGA